AGGCUUAUUGGUGCCAUCUUUCAUGUGCAAGGUAAGCUGCACUACAAUAGAGCCGCCACAGUUCCCAACAUGGCCAACGCCUGCGCUCACCAGCUCCACAUGAUCAAGUCAGACAACACUCUAGUCCAGUGGAACUGCCAGCACUGCUACUCCGGCCCUCACUGGAUGAUCUGGGAGUGCAUGUACUGCAAGCUACAUCUGUGUCAACCUUGCACCAGUAAGGAUCCUAACCCUUCGGUUGACUUUGCCUUGGGGGGGUUCCUAUGUAUGCAUAUCUUCCAUAAGGGAAAAGUAUCUCAAGACAUUGUGGAAAAACUCGAACAGCCAACGCCGGAGCAGUGGGACAAAUAUCUGGGGAUAUGUAUCCCUCAGGCUAGCAGGGAAGAAUUUCGUGUCUAUGUCACCCCUGGGGUCAGUAUGAAGAUGUUGGCAUCGAUGGUUGGCUUUAUGAGAUGA